UCCUUGUUCCAUGUAAGUGUUGCUAAUUAUUUCAGUAGGGAAGUAUUUGUGGAGAAAAGAAUACUGUGAUCAGGAUCUGAAUUUGGUAAUAUUUGGUAAUAUCAUACAUGCAUCUUAAUUCAGACAACAGGAUUCAAGUUACUUCUGUUGAUCAGACUUUGUUUCACAACAACAAAAACGGAAAAAAAAAAAAAAAAAAAAAACCAAACAAAAGGAAAAAAAAAAAGAGAAAAAGAAAGAAAUUUCCCAUCAAAUGUUGCAGUGUGUAUGCAUAGACUUUUCCUAUGCUUUGAGGGAGACCUGUGACUUUAUUCAGUUACAAGGGGAAAAGGUACAAGUUACCCAGAACAGAAACAGACCGAGAUUGCUAAAAAUGUGCGUUUUGCACUUGCCCUUUGAGCACUUUGUUUAGUUGUAUGACUGAUAACAAAAGCACACAAUCAAAACUGCAUCCCAGCCUUCAGAACACAACUCACCAAGCUGCAAAAAGCAGAUUUAGUUUCUUUUGCAGAUGGUCUAUGAGUCUCAUGUGGCAUCAUAUUAAAUUAUAUAGGCAGUCAGUCGCUUGUUCUGAAGCGAUGCUCUGAGCCAGGAGUUGUGAUGUGCUUGGACCAUUCUGGUGCAAAACAGCUCGAAAGCUAAACCAGCUCCUCUGAGGAGCAGCAGCACAGGGCCCUGCCAAGGGCUUCCAGCACCUCAAGGACUGCAGUUCCCCCUGGGAUGCACUAUGAAGGUGGCCCAGCGACCCUACGAUGGGCUGUGGAGCAUUUUGCCCUAAAGUGUCUGAAUUACAGGAAGAAGGAAUAAAUGCCAUUAACUUACCUCUCAGCCCCAUUCCAUUUGAACUAGACCCCGAGGACACUAUGCUAGAGGAAAAUGAAGUCCGAACAAUGGUGGAUCCAAAUUCAAGAAAUGAUCCAAAAUUGCAAGAACUAAUGAAGGUAUUAAUUGACUGGAUUAAUGAUGUGUUGGUAGGAGAGAGGAUUAUUGUGAAAGACUUGGCUGAAGACCUGUAUGAUGGACAAGUAUUGCAGAAAUUAUUUGAGAAGCUUGAAAGUGAGAAGCUGAAUGUUGCAGAAGUUACUCAGUCUGAAAUUGCUCAGAAACAGAAGCUACAGACAGUGCUUGAAAAGAUCAAUGAAACCCUUAAACUCCCUCCAAGAAGCAUUAAGUGGAAUGUUGACUCUGUUCAUGCUAAAAGUCUUGUAGCCAUUCUUCAUCUUCUGGUUGCAUUAUCUCAGUAUUUUCGAGCACCAAUCCGACUCCCUGACCAUGUGUCCAUCCAGGUGGUUGUUGUGCAGAAACGAGAAGGAAUCCUCCAGUCUCGACAAAUCCAAGAGGAAAUAACUGGUAACACUGAGGCAUUAUCAGGAAGGCAUGAAAGAGAUGCAUUCGACACUUUAUUUGACCAUGCCCCAGACAAGCUCAAUGUAGUGAAAAAGACUCUCAUCACCUUUGUGAACAAGCAUCUGAAUAAGUUGAAUUUAGAGGUGACUGAACUGGAUACACAGUUUGCAGAUGGAGUGUACUUAGUCCUGCUAAUGGGUCUCCUGGAAGGCUAUUUUGUUCCCCUGCACAGCUUUUUCUUGACUCCUGACAGUUUUGAACAAAAGGUUGUCAAUGUAUCCUUUGCAUUUGAGCUAAUGCAGGAUGGUGGAUUGGAAAAACCAAAGCCAAGACCAGAAGAUAUUGUAAAUUGUGACUUGAAGUCUACACUGAGAGUACUGUACAAUCUGUUUUCCAAAUACAGGAAUGUGGAGUGAAGAAUUGAUUUGAGUCACAAAGGAGUGUUGACAAAGAAAACAUCAUAACUAGCCUAUCUUCUGUCAGUAUUUCCUCUGCAUCUCUAUCCUAAAAGGAACAAAACCAUUUAGCUGAAGAAUUUUUGGUUAUCAGUUGAUUAUUCUGGCACUACUAUUUUCACAGUAGAUUUAAAACUAAUAUAACUUAUAAAGAAAAAAGGAUUUGGAGGAAGGUAUCUGGGUAUUUUCUGGGGGAAUUCCUGUCUUCAUUCUGGGAUAAUUCAGUCUUGUCUGGGAGACAUUCGUGUCUUCAUACUGUUUUUAAUAGGUGAAGCAAUUUAAAAAAAUUAGUAGGUUUGAUUCAAAUCAGCCUUUGGGGCCAAUCAUAGGAAUAUUCUGUACUGAGUACUUAAUUAUUUUUUUACAUACAUCUUUUUUUAAUCUGGGAAGGGGAAGAAUAUUUUCUAUCCAUGAUAAGACAGUUCCAUUCUAAUUGUGAAGAAUGUGCAUGGGGAGAAACAGUUAAAUACAUUUGUUCACAUGACAGCUAAGAAGAAGAAACUUAACCUGCUGAAUAUAUAGUUCCAGUGCUAUUAUUAGGCUUUAAUUUUAUGGGUACAAACUGAAGUGGCUACUCAUUCCUUCAGACUUACUACGAUGUGAUACUCUGCUUCAAUAUGUGCUAUUGAGCAUUCCACAGCAUCACACUUUGCAGCUUGUCACUUGUUUUUGUUCAAGGAAGAGAUCUUUUUUGCAAAGAACACUUUUCAGGAAGACACACCUGCAUAAUACAGCUUUUCUAUAAUAUUUGUAUUAUUACAUCAUUUAAAAAGUAGAAGAACGGCUUGUUUUUAUUUUGGCAGUUUAAUCACAGGAUUAUCAGACUGCAAGUUUAGAUUAAUUGCUGAAUAGAAUUUAGAGUUGUCCCUUUGGUUGAUUUUAUGAUGAAUGUAUGUUCGUCAUAAUGAACUGCAUAAUGUUCAACACGAAAAAAUAAGAUUCAUUUUCUAGAAGUGGUCAAAACUACUUCCAUCUGCAAAGAUUCUGUUACAGUGUAAAGUUCUUUGGUGAUUUUACAUGGCUACAAAGAUUUUUUUAUUUAAUUACCACAAAUUGAGCUGUUAUCUGUUUGCUUUUAGCUUUAACAAAGACACAAAAGGGAAAUGUGAGUUGAUUCUUCCCUUAGACUGGUACCAAGCUCCAGUUAUGCUUCCAGAGGAAGCUGCUGGAGGCUGCCUGCAUCACUUCUGAAACAAAGCGCUCUGUUGCAACCACAAAUUCCUGGGGUCCUGCUUUACACAGUCAGGAAAAAAAUUCCUCAGGCUGAAAUUCCUUGAUAACUCUUCAGAAAUCUUGGGAGUGCUUAAUGCAGGAAGGAGAGUUGUUAACAGCCCUCUAGUUAGAGCAGAGCUGGCUCAGGUCAAGGAGAAGCGAUGGGUCAGGGCUGGAAUCGUCACCAGCAGAAAGGCAGAGCUGGCAGGGACACUCAGUAACAGCUGGGUGUUACUCAUGAUGUAAAGCAUUACAUUUUUCCAUUUUCCAGGGCUUUUUUUGUUUUUCUUUUAUGCAGAGCUUUCCAGUACAACAUUAGCACAGAGGGAACUCCAGCAAUGAUUUUCUGUCUUUGCUAAACGCCAGUUGAUAUUUGGUAAUACGGUGAUACUGACUUCUGCUGGGGGAAGAAUACAAAAUUAUUUUCCUGAGAAAUAAUAUGAACUUUUCCAAGGGAAAGUCAAUAUUCAAUUCAAAGGACAAUGCCUGGGUGUUCUCUGAUCUCAGAAAUUACCUGAUUAAGAAUAUCUGAGUAAGAAGCACUCUAAAUAUCUUCGUUAAAAUAUUUUCUUACCUGUUAAAAUAUUUUCUUACCUCAGUUUUUAACUGAGUUUCUGAAAUCAGAGGUACAGAAAACAACAGUUCUUUCCCCUUUACAGGGAGAAAUAGCUGGACAUUUUGACAUUUUGACCUCAAUGAAAAUGAACAUUUUCAUUAUAGCUUUAGUAUCUGAGAAGCUAAACGAUAGGAAUGAACCAAACUUUUUUUGAGCAAACUGAGACAGAACUUCUCGUGUAUAUAUCAGCAGCAAUUUCAGCUUAUUUUAAUGUUUAACAUGCAAGUUUUUCAUUUGCACACCUAGUAGUAAUUGUAAUAGCUAAUUAAAAAACAAAUGAUGUUUUUUCUGCAGACCAUGCUCAGCUGCAACGCUUUUACAUUUCAACAGUGCUGAAGGAUUUUGACAGCCUUUUUUUUCAGGAGUGCACUUUCUUUAAAGAGGAGAUUUAUGUGGGUAAAGUGAACACUGAAGCAGUUUUCUUUGCCUGGACUUGCAAAUAAGUAUUUCUUGUGCUAUAUGAGUAUAACAUUAUUGGAGAAUUAUAUGUCAGGCUCCAUUUCCAUCCUUAUAAAACAUAAAACUGAGACAGAAUUAUUAAAUCCUCAUGUUGAAAUGCAAUUAUGCAGAACUGUAGAAGCAUUUAAACAAUAUCCAACCUUUCCACAAUUAUCUAUCCCAUGGUAAGAAUUCAUGUAAAUGAAAAUCUGCUAUAUAAACAACAGUGUCCUAUGUAAAUAUAGAUCCAUGUGAUAGUUUUAACAGUUACACACAAAUAGUAUAUGCUGCCAUGUAGGACUGGGUCACUGCUUAUAUUUUUGACAGUGUAGAUUUAAAUAGCUAUCAGAUAAAUAGAAAAUCCAAUAUAGAGAUUAAUCCCAUAUAGAGAUUAUAUCUAAUAUUUAUUGCUUUGAUUCAGAAUAUAAGAGAAAUAUAGAAUACUACUGUAGACAGCUUGCUUUUCAGCAGUUGGUGUAGGCCAGCCCUUUCCUUCGGGGAAUAGAAAAGUUAUCUGGGCCAAAUUCUGCCACACCUACAUUUCUUUUAUUCUUGAUACACAGCAAUGCACCCUGACAUACUGCUGAAAGCAGAAUUCUCCUCACUGUUUAUAUCAAGAUAGAAGUUGUUUAAAGUUUAGCCAAUCCCAUGUUUAUUUAUAAUUACUUAAAAUGAUUAAGUGGACCCAAACCAAUUGAUUUAGCUCAUGUGAGACAUGGGCAGCCACCUGGAGAGGCCAGUUCCUCUCCUGGUCCCAGAGGGAGCCUGUGGUCUCAAGGCUGCUAUCUCAGCACUUUGGAUCCUAAAGCCAGCUGGGAUAAAUCCAAGGCCCUGCCUGAGGAUCUCAUGAUGGUUUUGGGAUCCCACCCACCAGAGCAAUGUGCCUGUCUCUUAUGCUGUGUCACACAAACCCCACAGGCAGCUGAGCCCACCAAAAAGUGGCCAAUUCUUGGCCUGCCUUGAGUAGCAAAGAAGCAGUAACCAUUGCUGCUGCUGGGGCAUUGUGAAACCCCCCAAAAGAACAGUUUUCUGUGACUUCUGAUUCAUCCAUUGCAUCCAGCAAUAGGAUAUCUGGGUUUCUUCUGUGGCUGGAGAUGGGCAUCCUUUCCCUCUGGAUGGAUCCUGGUGUGCUCUUUCAACCACACAGAACUUACUGUUUGGGGUUUUUCUAAAGAGGAGCUACAGAUUUUUCAUAG